GUCUGCGGGCAGCUCCGGCUCUGGGUUCGCAGCCUCAGCGGGGUGCUCAGGAAGGUAUUUGAAAAGAAAAUGCUGUUCAUUCGGAUGCUGAGGCGAGUGGGGCAGAGCCCAGCCUGUGGCUGUUGGACACCUGCCCUCCCGGUCCGCUUUCUGGGCAUCUCCCCUCGGCAAAUUCCAGCAGAUGCUAACUUCCACUCUGCGUCUUUCUCUGACACAGACCAUCCGCGAGUCUUAAUUACAGGGGGUCUUGGCCAGCUGGGAGUGGGGCUUGCUAAUCUUUUGAGGAAACGAUUCGGAAAGGACAGUGUGAUUUUGUCUGACAUCAGGAAGCCCCCCGAUCAUGUCUUUCACAGUGGUCCGUUCAUUUACUCUGAUAUCUUGGAUUACAAGAAUCUGCGGGAGAUUGUGGUAAACAACCGCAUCACCUGGCUGUUUCAUUACAGCGCUUUGCUGAGCGCCGUUGGAGAAGCAAAUGUUCCCCUGGCGAGAGCAGUGAACAUAACUGGCCUGCAUAACAUCCUGGAUGUGGCCGCGGAACACAAUCUGCGAUUGUUUGUGCCUAGCACGAUCGGGGCCUUUGGACCCACCUCUCCGCGGAACCCAACCCCCGACCUCUGUAUUCAGAGACCCAGGACCAUCUACGGGGUGUCCAAGGUCCACGCGGAGCUCAUGGGAGAAUAUUAUCAUUACCGGUAUGGGUUAGAUUUCCGAUGCCUGAGAUAUCCUGGAAUCAUUUCAGCUGACUCCCAGCCUGGAGGAGGAACAACUGACUAUGCAGUCCAGAUUUUUCAUGAUGCCGCAAAGCAUGGCAAAUUCGAGUGCAACCUGGAAGCCCACACAAGGCUGCCCAUGAUGUACAUUGACGACUGCCUCAGGGCCACCCUGGAGGUCAUGGAGGCCCCGGCCGAGUCCCUCUCCAUGAGGACCUACAAUGUCAGCGCCAUGAGCUUCACACCCGAGGAGCUGGCCCAGGAGGUCCUCAAGCACGUGCCGGAAUUCCAGAUCACAUACAACGUGGAUGCCGUUCGGCAGGCCAUAGCGGAUAGUUGGCCGAUGAAAUUUGAUGACAGCAAUGCUCGGAAGGACUGGGGGUGGAAACACGAUUUUGAUCUUCCAGAGUUGGUGACUACCAUGUUGAACUUCCAUGGUUCUGAAACCAGAGUUGCCCAAGCCAACUGAAAGAAUCUGAAAGAGGAGCUCCUGUGUCCUGGUCCACUGUCAAAGGAGAACUGUCACGACUCCAAGGUUAUAGACUCCAAGGAGCCUACAUUAUUUGGAACUGACUAAUUGGACUAAAUUUUGGCAGCUCAUAUUGAACUGCUAGACAAAGAAUGGAGUUUAACAUUUAAGCAUUUUCAGAAUGUUGUAGCAUGGUGGAGGGACUUCUCAGUGUUUGGUGUUUGCCUGAACUUGUCUAAACACAUUCCACAGAAUAAGGCUUAAGUCAUCAUUAGUUUCCAUUUCCUUAAUUAGGAUGAAGUGACCAUUUCUGGGAUGAAGGGAGUGUGUGACAUUUGUAUUUAAUUAAAUUCAAUUUAAAUAUUC